CAUUUCCCAUCAGAAAAAUGUAACGCCUUUCAUAUUUUACAAAGGGAAAGCAAAAAAACAAAUUUUAUUUGACCGUACAGGUUAGGGUUUAGCGCUCAAUGGACUCCUACUAUAUAUACUCACUUCCGGGGUUUACUACGAAACCUACAGUAACAAUGUCCGACCAAAUUCUGCCUGAGACUGUGUCCAACAUUCUAAGCCGGUGCGACGUAGCAACAAUUGGUCGCUGCAAAUGCAUCUCCAAGCAAUGGCGUGACAUAAUCGAGAGUACCCAUUUCAUGAAACUACACUUAGACUAUGCCACCAACACCAGCUCCGCUGCCGUGUUCUUCAAGGAGCUGUUCGACGAAGCCCUCUUUCAAGCGUCCAUGAAACAUCUGGACUCGCGCUAUGUGCCAAUUACUUCUCAGGUUAUGCCAUUUGUCUUAAUUGGUUCUUGCAAUGGUUUACUUUUAUUGCACAAGAAACAAACUCAAGACUUUUGCAUUGUGAACCCUGCUACUGAUAAACAUGCCUAUCUUCCACAUUUACUUCCAACUUGUAAUGAUGAUGCUGCAAUAGGAUAUGGUUUUGGUUAUGACAGUGUUAAUGAUGACUAUAAGGUUAUUAGGAUUGCGCAAGAGUCUGGUCCUGGUAAAACGGGUUUCUUUAGAACUGAGAUAACUGUCACUUGUGUUAAGAAAAGAGCAAUCGAACUUGAUGAAAUGCCUUACUUUAUGAAGCCAUUGGCUAAUGGUUUGUUUCUUGCUGGGGCUUUGCAUUGGCUAAUGUGUAGAUAUGAUCACAAGAAUAUGCUGUUAAUUGUGGGUUAUGAUCUUGCCACGAAUGAAACCCGAGAGCUGCCACUCCCUGAUUUGAAGGGUGAACUUAAGGAUUUUAAGUUUGAGGACUGUGUAGUUGGUUUGGGUAUAUUGAGAACAUGGUUAUCCAUAUCUACUAACUAUGGAAAUGGUAUGACUGUUGGUUUUUGGGCUAUGAAAGAAUAUGGUGUUGAGGAGUCCUGGUCGAAGCUAUUUUCGUUUUCCCUUGCUCACAUGUCAUGUGCAUUGGUUAGGCCUUUGGGUUUAUCGAACAGUGAUAACUUAGUUGUACUUGAAUUGGAUAGGACGCGACUUAUCUUGUACGACAGAAUGGCAAAAGAUGUUACAGGUUUAGAGCACAAGGCUUUCGGAGAAGCUAUGGUUUGUUUCAGAAGCAUUGCUCCCCUUCCAUCUGCUGAAAAUGGACAAACUGAUGAAAACAAUCAAUCUUCUCAAGAUCAGAAUAGGUCAACAAGGAAGAAGAGGGAUGAUUUUCUGUGGAAAGGUUUCAAGCUUAUAUCAUGGUCAUGGAUGGUAAACAGGGUUUCCACUUGUGUGAUGAAGUUUUUUUGGUGGAACAGAAGAAAUUAGGACAACUUUUUUGUUUAGUGAAGGCCACAUAUAUAUUACUAUAUGUAUAUUGCUAAAAGGCUUACAUGAGAUUUCAGAAUAGUGAUGCUGUAGGAUAUGGUAAGAUUGAGCAAUCUGAACUUCUAGGUUUUUUACUGACCAACUUACUUAUUAGCUUAUGUUAAUCUUCCAUCAAAAAAAAAAAGCUUAUGUUAAUCAUUAGUCCUUAUUCUCUUAUGAUCCCGUAUAGACCGUCAUUUUAUAUGUUUUUGAUUGGUGAUC